CAUUCCAUUCUUAAAAGAUGCAGCAAACUUACGACAGGAUAACGAUACCAAAGAUAGUGGUGUGCUCAAAAUCGAGCCUGGACGAGCGAGUGGACGCCGACGAUUGCGAGAGAAGGUUGAUCCAGAGGAGGAUGAUGAGAUCACGAAACAGAAGGCAUUCAAGACGAUUCUCCACGUCGAUCGUCGACCGUCGGUCGCCGUCUUCGUCUCGCAGUCCAUCUCCGUCGUUCAACAGGUCUCGCUCUCAUAUAGAAACGUCCACAGAUGAUCCCGAAGAUCAGGACGAGACUCGCAUAACUAACUGUCUGUCGGAUAACGAUAAGAGCGACGUGAACUGCAAAAACAAGCAUUCCAGAUAUUGUGGAUGUACCAAAGAGAAUAACGGAGAGACUUGUACGGGAUACCAACAGUAUCUGGAAUUGCUACAGGUGCCGUCGAGUAACCUGGAAUGGGGAGAGGGUAGCGGUGAUGACCUCAGUUCAGAGUGGGAAUCUGACCAUACGGAUAGGUCUAACGAGCGUACAAUCCCGAAGGUAACAGUGAGAAAUGACGGAAUCGUCGAUUAUCUUCUUCUCAGAGAUGUCUCAAUAUUCGUUCCAUCAUGUUAAUCAAAGUGCAUCUUCAUUCUGUUGCAGUCGUCCGGCUGGAGG